AUGGCCCUCACUACACAGUGCGACAAGUACAACUAUUCAUGGAGAAAGACAUGCCACAACUGUAGAGAAGAUAUACCGAUCAAUCCAACGAUGAAGAAACCUGUGGCAACUGGUGCGGGAGGUUGUGGCGCUUCUGGCGAAGAUGAUCAGCCCUCAACCGGAUUGUUUAUUCGUGACCUUUGCAUGACUACAAACGAGGAGACGUUGAACGAAGUGUUUGGCAAGCUAGCCGGCGCACGACCCAUCGAGACCAAGAUCGUCCGCAGGUUCGGCUUCCCAAAGGCGUUCGCCUUCCUAGAGUUUACUACUCAACAAGCUUCAACGACUGCUUAUGGCAAGAGUAAGGAUCUGAAGAUUGAUGGAUACCCCGUCAGGGUCACGUAUAUGAAGCCAGAGAUGAGGCCAAAUGCAAACAUUGCACCAGGUAUCUCAGCGACUGAUUACACUCAAUGGCUCAACAAUUAUGGUGCACCUGCUGCAGCAACGACCACGACAACAGCUACAUCCACCUCCUUGACAACUUCGACUACGACUAUACCAGAAGGCUUCUCAAUCGAUCCCAACACUGGACAUUAUUAUAACUCUACGACUGGAUACUUCUUUGACACUGUGGCCUGUCUGUACUUCUACUACGACGUCAACAAGAAGUCAUACUUCUCCUACAACUCUGUCUCCAGCACAUACGACCCCUUCGUUCCACAUCUGCCACAGCCCACAAUAGCACCGGCCAAGAAGAAGGCUGCAGCUGGUCCCAAAGUAGCAGGAUCAAUCGCACUGAGAAAGAUGGACAAUGAGUUGGGCAAAUGGAAUCAGAAGGGCAAGGUGUUGCAAGAGGCAUUCCAGAAUGAUGAGAAGCUGUAUAAACAACCUGCUCAUCAGACCAGUCUUGAUCCACUGGAUUACACUGUACAGAAGCAUCUACUUCAGCACAACCAACAACAACAAUACCAACAACAACAAUAUCAAUAUCCAACGAAUACCUCAAUCCAAACCGAUCAGACACAACUUCAACAGCCUCAACAACUACAACAACCUCAACAACAUGGUUUGGAUACUGAUGGACAACUACAACAUCUGCAACAACCCCAAACAGUAGCACCGGCAAUUGGGCCAAUCAAGUUCACAAUGAAGGCAGCGGCACCUGUGAAGGUGGUGGCACCAAUGGUCAACAAGGCAGCGAUAAUUAUAAAUAGGCGGGUAGAGGAGACACAGAUACGAUUGGCGGCACAACAGACUCAAACACAAACAUCGGCACAGCGCAGCGACCUCAUCAUAUGUAAGCUCUGUGAUCGACAGUUUCCAUCGUACGAGGCACUGGACAAGCACGAGAAGAUGUCCAAGCUACAUCAAACCAAUCUAGAGAAUGCCAAGAAGAGCGGCAUUGACUACGAAUCGAUGUUGAGCGGCCACAAGAAGCCGGCUGCGCAGCCGUCCCCAUCGUCGUCCAAUGACUCCAGCGAUAAGAAGCGCAAGGGCAACGAGCAGCAGCAGCCCAAUCCAUUCGGUGAGAACAGCAUUGGAUUCAAGCUGUUAAAGAAGACGGGUUGGAAGGAGGGCGAUGGCAUUGGCCGGAGCGGUGCUGCACCCACUGCGCCCAUCGAGGUAGUUUUGCGGCCAGCCGGCGCCGGCCUGGGUUCGACCAACGAGGACCCUCGCUAUGCCAUCCUCCCAGGCGAUGACUACAUGACCGUCACCAAGAAGCGAGCCAUGCAGCGCUUCCAUUCACUCGGUGGCAAAGAUGUCGAAGACAGUCCAUUCUUUCAGCAGAAGUAA